AUCUCUCUUGCAAAGGUCACGAAACUGCUGAUGGGACACAGUCCUGUCACCUGUUACCACCUUUGGACACACCCAUGUCCCCGGUUUAUUUGACUAGCCAGAGUUCCUGCAGUAAGUCUAUAAUAAUUCUGAAUAAUCUUUGGCUCACACUGACUACAACGCUGUCGUCAACGAGAAACACAAACGGAUGAAAAUGGGGUGCUUCAAAUGUGUCAAAGUCACCAUGAUCAUUUUCAACAUGUUAAUAUUUCUCAGUGGCACCGCCCUGCUGGCCGUGGGGUUGUGGGUGACUGUAAACAAAGCAUCCUUCCUGAGCAUGCUGGGGCCCCUCUCUGCCCAGGCCAUGCAGUUUGCCAACGUUGGCAUCCUCUGCAUCGCUGUCGGGUUGGUGCUGUUCCUGCUUGGCUUCUUGGGCUGCUGCGGAGCCUAUGGGGAGAACAAGUGCCUUAUUCUGAUGUUCUUUAUCAUUCUCCUGAUCAUUUCCAUCGCCGAAGUCGUGGGGGGAGUCGUCCUCCUGGCCUGUUCUUCACUUGCCAAGAGCAUCCUGAUGAAUUGGGCCGCCCCGGCACUAAAAACACAGUACGGCACCGACCCGGACGUCACGCAGAUAUGGAAUGCGACCAUGACGGAGCUGAGCUGCUGCGGUGUUACCAGUUACACCGAUUUCACCAACUCCAGCUACUACACGCAGCAUGGCGGCAGCUACCCGCCCGCUUGCUGCACGCCGGGCAGUGUCCAGUGCAAUCUGGCGGACGCUGAGGCGAGCAAAGUCAUGGGAUGUUUCGAAAAGCUACUAUCGGUCUUGAGGACAAACGUCGGCAUCGUCGGGGGAGUGGCACUUGGUAUAUUUGCCAUUGAGCUGACCGCUAUGACUGCAUCCAUGUACUUACACUGUAAAAUUGACAAAGGCUUCAUCCACUGAAGAAUGAUCUUCCUCACACCUGGAACGUUGCAUGGUUUUCCAACAAAUUGCCUGGACUAUUCAUGUGUGGAAGUAAAAACCUUUCUGACUCCAAGUUACAAUAAAGGCUUUCAUUUAUAAGCAAGCAUCCAUCACUGUAAGAGCUGUGCAACAGCGUAUCCAGCUUCACGCUUAACUGGGGAAAGCUGGUUGUUUGUUCUUUUUAUAUACAUUAAUUAAUAAGCACUAUAUGCAUUUGAUGGUGUCUAAGUCAUCUUGAGACACUUAGUACUGAAAGAGGUAAAACCUUGGACAGUGUGCAGGCGUGCUGUGAUACUGGUGACUUUUAUAAGACCGUUGCAUGCUGUAGCUGACGGUUUAUAAGGCCAAGUGUGAAUCCCAAUUAUGCAUUAAAAUUCUGUCCACUGUCCAA